GUUCGGGAGCUAAUAACUGCUCCCCUAAACCGUAGCAUUUCUUCCUGUUAGCCAGUGAAACUGCAACAUCCGUUACGUUGGAAAACUGAGGCAAAGUUCAUUAUACAAGUGCUAACAGAAUGCCUCGCGGAGGGGGUGGACGUGGAAAGCGUAGCCACAAGGGACAGCGCCGUCAGUUCACAGAACCUGAGGAUCUUAAAGCGCAGGCAGAAAAGGAGGAACGUGAACGGCAGUGGAGGAAGCAACGAGGUAUAGAGAGUGAUGAAGAACAGGAAGGUGAAGGAGCAGCGGAUGGCACAAAAGAAGAAACUGCACCUCCUGCAGCAGUUGCCAAACCUGCCUCAGGUUCAGAUUCAUCAGAGUCAGAAAGCAGUGAGGAGGAUGAAGGAGGCAAAGCAAAAGGUGUGGAACAUCUGAUAGAAGUAGAGAAUCCAAACAGAGCUGGUGGGAAGCGUAACAAAAAAGUUUCGGAACUUGGUGAUGCCACCACGACAUUAUCACGAAGAGAAAGAGAAGAGCUUGAAAAACAGGAGGCACGUAGAAGGUACCAGCAGCUGCAUAUGGCAGGUAAAACUGAUGAGGCACAAGCCGAUCUAGCUCGACUUGCAAUUAUUCGUAAACAGCGUGAAGAUGCCGCACGCAAGAAGGAUGAAGAACGCAGAGCCAAAGAGGAGGCAAAAGAAGUUGCUGCCAAAACAAAAGGCAAGUCUUGACGUAGUGUUUCCAAUAUCUGCACUGCCUUUGUACAGCAUCACUACGACCUUUGGUGCUACAAGCUACCUAUGUUUUUGACAUCCUGGUGCUCUCCUUAAAGUCGGAGGGCAGCUGCAGCCACAGUUAUAUGCAGUUUGACUGUUAGCCUGUGAUUGGUCGCUAGCAUAUUGGAUUGGAGCCAGCAGUCAUAUUUUUGUUCUUUGUAUUGGUUGUUGGAAGUUCGCUUUUUGCCCACUUCAGUAAAUAAAUGUCUUGAUGUCCAUUAAAAAAAAUAUCUGCAACACAUAGGUAAGGUUUUAGGUUUCAAUUAACCUGUUAUGUGUGUGUGAUCUUAUGGCAAAAUACCAGAUAAUGAAAUUGCACUUGAUUUUUUUUCCAGGCCAGUCAACAUGAAAAGGUGUCUUGAUAGCUUUUUAUUAUGUGAAAGGUCUCUUGGAAAUCAGAUUACAUCUUUUGUUGUUUCUCCUCUCACCCAGCAUUGGCUUGACACAGAAAGGUUUUUGCUACUCUGCAUGUAAUAGCUUUGUUUGGUAUUUUACUGAAAUGGGUGAAACUGUCAACUUUUGCUUGUGUAUGUUAAAUUCCUCAGCAGGUUUUACCUAUUCACAAAUUAAAUAGACUACAUGUAGGAAGUUUAGGAAGCAAAUAAAAAGGGGGGGGGUGGGUAGGUAUUAUUUAUUCUCCCAGUCUGGCACCACAAAUAUUUCAUUCUGUACACUUUUUGUAGCUACUAGUGUAAAGAAAAAAAGUAUGUGUAUUUAGAAGCUUAAAGAAGCCCCUUAUCCUAGUUGACCAAUUCUUUUUGCAAUUUGACGUCAUUGUUUUGUUUUUGUUUUUUUUUUCCAGGAUCAUGGCAAUGUAAUUUUGCUAACCAUUACAUUUUACCUCUGUACCAGUUUUACAUUUUCAUGAUCAUUAUUAUAAUGCUUUUUCUCUUUAGUUGUGGCAACACUAGUAAAACCCAAGUAAACUUUAUUUUGCUUAACUACUGGGAAGUAAUUUGGCUUUUCUCUCACUUUACCAGAAAUCUGUCUCUGUUCCAGGCAGAAGAAAACAUGUAUUAUGACUUCCGAUCUUACAUUCAUUCUGUGAGUCCGUGUAUGGCUUUUUAUUUUUUUAAUACAGAUGUGACUUUUUCUAAUACUAUAGUGUUUUAGCUGGUCCUCAGGGAAAACAAAACUCAUACUUAAAACAGGUGGUUGGUCUUAUAACUUGGUCCUCCUUGUUUUGUACUGUGCAAUAGAUACUAAUACAGCUGUAGUUCUGAAGCAGUGAAUAUUCAUUUUCUUCAGCUUACAGCUGGAGUUUGUUUUAGAUUCAUGGGGUGAGGGAAAACAUGAACUUAUUAAAAGUUAUAUUCUGUUGUAAGAGCACUGAGGCAUAAAAAAAUAAUGUCCAUGAUCCUUUUGGUUUGAUGUUAAAAUAGUAUUUUGACCACAGAUCGGCUUUAAUUUCUUCAAAUCAUUUUUCUGUUAUUUUUACUAGACUUGGAUUUGAAAAAAAGGUUUAUAUCUGUUUUUAUCAAGUAAAAAGCUGUAUAUUUGCCAUGAUGUUACCAAAUGUCAGGAGCAUAGUUUUACAUGGAGUAUCCAACCAAACAGUUUGACAUAAAGGAAUAUUACAGUGCUAGUAUUCAUAUGCACAUAGAUGUAGGUUUGUUUGGUAAGUGGCAGUAAAAUCCCUGGUAAUUUGAUCUCUUGGUCUAAAAAAUGGGGAGGGUCCGAAAAUUCCUGAUGAACUGUACAAUUUAUGUACAUUUACUACAUUUUUUUGGGUUGGGGGUUUGUAUGGCUGCUUUUAAUGCCCCAUCAACAGUUUCAAGUUUCUCUAUUUGGCAAAUUUGAAUAGUGCUAGUUACUGAAAUGACAAGAACACAUGAAUUGUUUUCAUGUGUGAUUUCAUGACAUAAAAUUUCUUUAUACUGUCAGUUUUUUCCCUAGUUUUAAGAAUACUCUUUGGUAUAGGGUGGUCUGAUUUGUGGAAUGGAAAUACUGUUCUUGGUCUCGGCGGGUUUACAUCGCAGACCCUGUCCAAAGCAUACAGUUCUAAGCUCAUGUUAAUUUUCUUCAGUUAUGACAGAUUUUCAAACCAAUAGUAAAUUUUUUUCUUACUUUCUCCAGACUAAACUGAUUCAGGAAUAGUUUGCAAAAUUUUUUUGUGAUGCAGCAUAAAUGAAUCUUUAUCAAACACAAGGCAUUGUUCAGUUGUAAACUGCAUUGGAGGGCAGGGGAGUAGGCAAGCAAAUGAGCCCCUCUGCAACUACUAGAUCAUUGUGGAUUUUUAAAAAAAAAAACAUUGUUGCUGAAAGUCAAAUAGUUCAGAGGUUCAUCAAGAAAUGGUAUCAAGUAUAUUAUACUGAGAUUAGACAUCUUUGUUGCUUACCAUAAUCCUUUAAAUAAAUGUUUCAGAUUUA